GGGGGGGGCAGCGGGGCCGCUACAAAGCGGGGAGGCGGGGGAGCCGCCGCCGCUCGUCUCGGUCAUGCUGUGGCUCUGCCUGUGCCUCCUGCUGCCCGGCGCCCUGCCCGCCCCCCCCGGCCGCCGCGGCAGCGCUGCCGCCCCCCCGCCCGGCGCUCCCUACCUGACGCGGUACUUGAGGCAGCAGAUUGAUCACUUUGGAUUUGAUGAAAAUCUGACAUUCCAGCAGCGGUAUCUAGUAGCAGAUCAGCACUGGAAGAAGGACAAUGGACCAAUACUGUUUUAUACAGGCAAUGAAGGGGAUAUCACAUGGUUCUGCAACAAUACGGGUUUUAUGUGGGAUGUUGCUGAAGAACUUGAUGCCAUGUUAGUAUUUGCUGAGCACAGAUAUUAUGGAGAAUCUUUGCCCUUUGGGAAUGAAUCUUUCAGUGAUUCCAAGCAUCUGAAUUACCUGACAUCAGAGCAAGCUCUGGCAGACUUUGCAGUAUUGGUUGAGUACUUGAAGACAAACACUGCAGGAGCCCGUUACAGCCCUGUCAUAGCUAUAGGAGGAUCUUAUGGAGGAAUGCUUGCAGCCUGGUUUCGGAUGAAGUACCCCCAUGUGGUGGUUGGAGCUCUGGCAGCCUCUGCCCCAAUCUGGCAGUUUGGUGAUUUGGUCCCAUGUGGUGCUUUCUCCAGCAUAGUGACUAAUGAUUUCAAAAUGAGUGGGACAGGCUGCUCAGAGAGCAUCCGCAAUUCCUGGACAGCCAUUACCAGUCUUUCCUCAACAGAUGAAGGUUUACAGUGGCUUUCCAGAACAUUUCAUUUGUGCAGUCCAUUAAAAAAUCCUCAGGAUGUUGCUGUAUUGAAAAACUGGUUGAGUGAAACAUGGGUAAACUUGGCUAUGGUGAACUAUCCCUAUGAAGCUGACUUCUUACAGCCUCUGCCAGCUUGGCCUAUACAGGAAGUCUGCAAGUUCUUGAAGGAUCCCAGUCUCCCUGACAAAUUGCUGCUGCAGAAUGUUUUCCAGGCAGUAAAUUUAUAUUACAAUUACUCAGGAGAAGCCUCAUGCUUAGACACAUCUGAAACUGCAACAAAGAAUCUUGGCCAGUUGGGUUGGUACUAUCAGGCUUGCACUGAGAUGGUGAUGCCCCUGUGCUCAGAUGGUGUCAAUGACAUGUUUGAACCUCAGAAAUGGGACUUCGAUGCAUUUUCAGAAGAGUGUUACAGGCUGUGGGGAGUGAGGCCUCGUCCCUCCUGGAUUCUUUCCAUGUAUGGAGGGAAAAACAUCAGUUCCCACAGCAACAUUGUCUUCAGCAAUGGUGGCCUGGACCCGUGGUCUGCAGGUGGGGUGACCCAGAACAUCACUGAUUCCCUCGUGUCAGUUGUGAUCCCAGAUGGAGCCCAUCACCUGGACCUGCGCAGCCGCCACCCCCUGGACCCUAGAUCUGUGCAGCAAGCUCGAGCCUUGGAAGUCUUCUACAUGAAGCAGUGGAUUGAAAAGGCCAGGCAGAGCCACUGAAGUGGUACUGCAACGUCUGUGGCCAUCAUACCUCUGCUGGCUUUGCUGGGAGCAGGGCCAGGCUUUGUAGCAUGAUUGUCUGAACAUUUCACUCCUGCUUCCUCACCUGUUGCGGUGCUAACCAUUCCUUUUGCCCAUGAGAGAAGCAGGCAGCAGACAGGUGGAGAGAGUUGUCAGAUAAUAAACUUCAGUCAAAAUGCAUGGAUUGAGCUGCCUGCUCUGCCUUGCUUUCCUCUUCUGCUCUUCUCAAAUGCUGUACUUCAUGGUAAAGAAAAGAGUUCCUGCUCUAGGCUUGAUGACUUCCUUGCUGUGCUAGAUGAUUGUCCUGACUGCUGAUACACACAGUGGAUUAAAUGGCAGUGCUGUUGAUGUGGAAAUUCCUGCUGCCUUCAGUGGGGUUGAAUUGCAGACAUCCUCAGCUAGUGUGAACUGUCAUGUCAGGGGCAUGGACAUUGAGGGGAACAGAAAAGAUGUCUUUCUGUGGUGUUUGUUGGAGAAGUAAGGAAGGCGUGGGGAAAACUGCUGUGCUAUUUGUAAAGAAACUGAACAGCCUUUACUCUUUGGAAUCAAUGCUGGAAAAGUAAAUAUAUUUUUUAUCUUAUUCCCUUAGUUUUCUGGCAGCUUGUUAAUCAAAGCUGCCUCAGGUGGCUUUUCCAUUCUGUGUUGUACUGAAUUGUCAGGGCUGGGCCUGGACUCCCUGAGCUGAUAACUGCUAAGCAAGCACAAUCUGCAUCAGGGUUUUUAUUUCUUUUACUGCUGUUUGUCCUAAUCCUGAAAUAUCUGACACUGUGAUGAUGGCUGCCAGAGAAAACUCUGGGUGUAUUUUGUGUGUGUAUGUGUGUAUCCCCCCCAGACACUUUGCUUUUUCAGAUCAGGAAGUUUUCAAAGCUAUUAUCUUGAAGAGCAAAUGUGACACUUGUGCUGGCUACGUCUUAAGAAGUGACAAAUAAUUGGGGCUGUGCCUUUUGUGGGUGCUCCCCCCCCAUUCUAUGCAUUGUUUAAAUUCUGCAUGAUCUGUUUGCUGAUGACUCUUCAAUAAAAGCCUUUUUAAAAAAAAUUGUUUUCAGGAGAAACUAUUCAAACCAGAGAAUGCAGCUUUCCUCUUGGAUCAGCCUAAAGCCUGAUGCAGAGCUCAACAAGCCAGGUGCACUGGGCUUUCUGUAAGGCUUCCAAAACAGACAGACUGCCCUGAUUCAUGAGACAGCAUAUUUGACAUUAAUAAAUGGCUGGGGCAGUCCCCUCGUUUUCCAGCUUUGGCUUUAUUCAUACUGAAGCCCUUCUUCAGAAAGGGUUCUUUGCAGUUUAAAGGACAACUCCAUUUUAGAAAGACUUGCACAAGGCUUCUUGUCUCCAGAUUCUUCCAUUGCAAUUCUGUAGAAAAGUUUUCUCAGCUUUGAUGAUAUGCCUCGUAGUUGAGUAUUUUCCUAAGAUACUAGGUGGUCUUUUCUGUUUCCAGUCUCCUCCCAUCCUCUGGGAACAAAGCAAACCCAACACUGAAAUUUUAUCUUUUAAAACAGUCCUAUGCAUCUUCUUUCUGAUAGAGUUCCUGGCAUUCCCUUGUCUUGUGUUAAACACAGCAUUUAUGGUCAGACUCUGAUUUGAACUUCUCAUGGCAAAGUAAUUCCUUAAGAGACUGUAGAAAACAAGACCAGAGAAGAACCACAGAGGGAAAAGGAAGAGCCACGUAGAACUUGUCUGAAACCUGUUGAUCAAAAACUAUUGGCAAUUCCUUGCCUAAUAAUUCCAAUUUUUUGUACUCUCCUAUAAAAAAUAUACUUUGGCUCACGUGCUUCAUAAUGAUGUAGUGGCCUUAAAUUUUUUUGAAACAGAUAAAAAUGACUAUUCUAGUCAAGUGAGCUACAGUCAAGUAUUAAGGAUACCAUUGUAUCUUCUUGUGAAUUGGUGUAUGAUAACAUCCUGGUUUGCUGCAAGGCAAGGAAUGGAAUCUGCAGGAGGAAGUUUAAAUUUGGAGGUCACAAAUGGUUUGUAACUGCAAGCAAGAGCCUGGUUGAACUGCUCCCACUGAUUGCAAAUUCUGGGUAAAAAAACACUUCCAUGUUGUGUGGAGAAGGAUGUCAGGAUAUUAAUGGAAUGGGCUGUGAGUAGUCCAAAUUAACAGCCACUGUAUAUUGUGAUCUAUAAUAAUCAGCUUAUGUCUCUUCUGUCCUCCCUGCUAGCUACUUUAGCUGUCUCAGGAAACAGCUUCUUUGUUGUUUGGAAAACCUUUUGUAGUUUGAAUCAGAGUAAGUAAUUGAAACUAUUUCCUCCUUUUUUUCCCUCUCCCUUCUUUCAUAAGCAGGAAAUAUUGUUUUUAAUGAAACUUAAAAAAAACCCACAACAAAUCUUGCCAUUUGGAGAAAUUGCAUUUGAAAACAAAAUGUUUGCUGGGGGUUUGUUGGUGUUUUCUGUGGUUUGUUUGUGUGGGGUUGUUUAUUUUGAGUAGGGGUGGGUUUUUUGUUUAGUGGUGGUGUUUUGGGUUUUUUGUUGGUGGUUUUUGGUUUUGUUUUUAGUUUUACUAUUCCAUUCAGUUUCUAUUUGUGAGACUCUGCUUUUGGUGCACUUUGGAUCAGUUUCUUACUGCUUGGACCAGCUUAAUUAGAUGACUGGCUUUCUGUUAUUUUUAAUUGUUCUUCCUUUAUACUUUUUUCCCUUCAAUCUAGGUAUUUGAAACUUUAGUUCCUAUUUACUUCAAGCAUUUGGACUUCAUCUUAAAAUCUUAAUAUCCCUGUACACGACCAGGGGCCUGUCUGUGGGUUUUGGCUACCUCAUCUAAUUAGCUCUUUGGCUUGUUUCAUGCAGGGAGAACAAAGUGGGCCAUGGGAAGUGGCUGAUUUAUCCUUCCAGGUAUAUGUUGGUGGGCCAUAAUUAAUCUCAGGUUUAUGUGUGUCCUUGAUAUGUGUCAUGAAUGACAGGAAUUUUAAAAAAAUUGUUUCCUACUCAUUGGGGAAAAUGCAGAAGGAAAAAUAAUUAUUUUCCCAAAGCAUGUAUCUUACUGGUGAAACUGCAGCUUGUAUCAAUAAAAAUGCAUUAAAAUAAUGAAA